AUGCCUGGUCCAGAUUACACUAUUUUCGCGUUUACGGACCUUUCGAUGUGCACCUCGCUCACGGACGGCGAUCGUUCGUUUCUUGAGCCGUUUGCACGAGGGUCGCGAUUGCUUUCCAAACCCAACGACGAGGCGACAGGUAGUAGAGAUGAGGAUACGAGUAUGCGAAACGCGUCAAAUAAGGGCGACGCACAGAAGGAAGUACAAGACAUUGACCCGAGCUACGGGUUCGACGAGUUCCUGGCGAGUAUGGAUAUCCUUAUUUGUGGGAGAGGGCUUUAUGAGCAGACUAUGCAGAGGACGAACGGAAAGUGGCCGUAUACGGGCAAGAGACUCAUCGUCUUCUCUGCCGUCCCACUCUCUGAGCCAGUAUCUUCCCCCGAUGGUCAACCGCCACAAAGACCGUUUACACCUCCACCGAACAGCGAACAUUUUACGGGAACACCAGCUCAGCUCAUGCAAAAGCUGUUUCGGGAUAAUACAAGAUCGCGUAAAUUUCGACGCGAGUCGGUAUGGGUCAUGGGCGGUGCGUCGAUACGCGGCGCGCUGCUCCAGCUCGGUGCCAUUGAGCGGAUAGAGCUCGUCGUCGUACCCAAAAUUAUCACUCGGGGGAAUCCGUUUGCGCCGCGGUCGGGUAGUGUCGGUGUUCCCUUGUGGGCGUUUCCGUCGAUCGAGGGCGGGCAGGAAGAGGAACGGGCUGACGUUGAUUUGCAACUCAUUGAAUGUAGGAGUUAUGAGAAUGGGGUUCUUGGUCUAUCAUACGUGGUGGGUGGCAUGUCCUACGUUGUAGGCGGCAACCCAUAA